CUACGGAAUUGAUAGCAGAGAGGAAAUAAGAAGAGAAUUGAUUAAAGUCGAAGCAUAGAAAAGUUUUUCUUUUGGUUUGCUGAUCCAUUGUCUCUCCUUUGCUAACAAUUCAGGGUAUAAGCCAAAAAUGGCUCGAAUUCAGGUGAACGGGAGAGGCUUGGCAGUCAUAGCUUGGAUAGCCUUUCUGGUUCUUGUUAUCAGCGAUGUGGGAAUUGCAGAGAGGUUAUUGAAACACAAAAUGCACCAAGAUAACUUCAAAGAAAACGAGACAACUCAGGGACUUCUAGUUAGAGUUGCCAACUUCCUCUGGCAAGAUGGGAAGUCUUCCUAUGAACCUGUCUGGCCGGGGAUGAAGUUUGGUUGGAAAAUUGUUUUAGGAACAAUUGUUGGAUUCCUAGGUGCUGCAUUGGGUAGCGUCGGAGGCGUUGGUGGUGGUGGGAUUUUUGUUCCAAUGCUCAGUCUCAUAAUAGGUUUUGACCCCAAGUCUUCUACUGCCAUUUCCAAGUGUAUGAUCAUGGGUGCAGCUGGAUCAACAGUAUAUUAUAACCUGAGACUUAGGCACCCAACACUUGAAAUGCCUCUCAUAGACUAUGACUUGGCAUUGUUAUUUCAGCCCAUGCUUAUGCUUGGAAUCAGCAUUGGAGUUGUCCUAAAUGUCAUGUUUGCUGACUGGAUGGUCACAGUUCUGCUUAUCAUUCUCUUCAUUGGUACAUCAACGAAAGCCUUAUUCAAAGGUAUAGAUACAUGGAAGAAAGAGACAAUGUUGAGAAAGGAAGCAGAGGAGUCCAUACCAGCUGAUGGAGCUGCUCAAGAUUAUAAACCAUUACCUAGUGACCCAAGAAACUUUCAAGAAGAUGAAGUUCCCCUGCUGCAAAACAUAAACUGGAAAGAGUUGUCACUGCUCGUGUAUGUAUGGAUAGGUUUUCUUAUUGUCCAGAUUAUUAAGGAAUAUCUUUCAACUUGCUCAGUCAUGUACUGGAUUGUGACCUCCUUGCAGAUACCCAUUGCUGCUUCUGUGACACUAUUUGAAGCCAUAUGCUUAUGCAAAGGGACUAGAGUGAUUGCAUCCAAAGGAAAGGAAGUUACAAAUUGGAAGAUAUAUCAGAUUCUUCUUUAUUGUUCUUGUGGUAUAGUAGCUGGUAUGGUUGGUGGCUUGUUAGGACUAGGAGGAGGCUUCAUCUUGGGUCCUCUAUUCCUCGAACUCGGGAUUCCCCCUCAGGUAGCUAGUGCAACAUCAACGUUUUCUAUGGUGUUUUCAUCCUCGAUGUCAGUUGUACAAUAUUAUCUUCUCAAUCGUUUCCCGGUCCCAUAUGCUGCUUAUUUUGUUCUGGUAGCAACAAUUGCUGCCUUCGCUGGCCAGCAUGUAGUCAGAAGGAUUAUUGCUGUCAUCGGAAGAGCGUCGAUCAUCAUCUUCAUACUAGCUUUAACGAUCUUUGUUAGCGCAAUCAGUUUAGGUGGAGUUGGCAUCGCUGAUAUGGUCAAAAAGCUGGUGAACAAAGAGUAUAUGGGAUUCGAAAACCUUUGUAAGCUGUCUUGAGUGCUUUUCUGCCCCUAUUACACAGGUCGAAUUUCUCAGCAGAGAUCAACAACAUCCACAGAAAACUUUUUUUCAAUUAUUUUCAGUUGAACGAUUUGGGUUUUCAUAUUUGUUGCUGAACAUUCAUUUCUUGUCCAUUGUUUGCAAGAACAUGUCCACCUCAGUUACUUUCUUUAUAGUUUUUUCCCCCAUUUUAUUUGACAAAUAUGUAAGAAUUAAUAAUCCUUUCGGCUGAAUAACGUAAGCUGUUAGGAAGUUCAAUCUUCUCAA